GUAAUUUCCGAAUGAAUGGUGUUCUCCGGAAAUCCCCUGGCCGAAGCGGCGACAAAUUCUUCGGCGAAGAGUGAGGUCAUUGGCCGACGGAAAGAAAUAUUAUGCAAAUUAGGAAACGUUACUAUUCUCGGUGCACCGAAAACUUCACUCACUUUAACUUGGCAAGUUGCAGAGAGAGGACGUCAACGAAAAUUGUCGAAAGCAAUCAGCAGAAAAGAGUUUAAAAGCGAUUUGAUCGUCUUGAAGAAUCCAAAAAGUCGCAAAGUCAAUUGCAGCAAGAUAUUUCUCAAGAUGGAAAUGUACAAGACUGUAAAAUACACAGGCAGUGAUUAUCAAGUUGUUCCUGAUGAUGGUUACAAUUCUCCAGAUUACCCAUACUACAUGAUGGACUCAGUGUCAAGCCCAGCUGGCAGCACCACAUCAAGCUCAGUGGAUUCUGCGUUUGAUGAACUUGCAGAAGUUAUUCCUGAACUGAAUGACUCAGAUAAGUUUUUUGCCAAGAGCCCAAAGGCAUGUGAGGACAUUUCUGUCCUGAAUUCAUAUAAAUCUCCAGAACCCUUGAGUCCUGACAGAUUUGGGUAUCAGCUUUCAGAAAAUGGACUUCGAAACAGCCCUAACAUGUAUGAAGCAGCAUCCCCAGCAAUGUCCAGUUCUGAUUAUGGUGAAGCCAUGUCUCCAUCAAAUGAUCUUAUGAAGGCAGUAAAACAGGCAUCAACAAAGAGACAGCUUUCGCCUUAUGAAGGAAGCACUGUUGAUCUGACCUAUAUCUCUUCCAAAGCAGAUCAACCACCAAAAAAGAGAAAGAUGACAGAUUCUGAAGCCAUUGCUAGAUAUACAGAGGUGCUUUUGUCUUUAGAUGCCCAGAAGAAGGACAAAACAAGGCAGAAAAUGUUCUUUUAUUCAGAUAAUGAAGACAGUGGUAUUGGAAUGCCUUCGUUUGACACAAAUGCAUCCAGUGCUGACAAAGUCAAUGAUGUUACCCAGGAAGGAACUGAACAUCAGCCCUUGCUGAACCUUGAUGAUGACAUUUUGGCAAAUAACUUUGCUGUUUUAGCAGAGUAUUUGAAUUGUGAUAUCAAGCCAAUGAACAACAAUAAGACUUCUGCAUUAGAAGAUAGCUAUGUUGUUAUUAAAAGAGAAAAUGAUGUCAAACCAGUGGUUAUGCAACCACUCAAAGUUGUGCCGCAAUCUAAGACACCAAAAGCUAUUGGCCAAAAAGUAUCAAGUGGUGUCAAAAUUGAGUCACAGGUUGUUUCAAUCACCCAGGCUCCAGUUGUGAAUUCUUCUCAAGCUUCCACACUGAAGAGUAGCUCAAAUGCAACAGCAAUGUCUCCAGCUUCUGUGGUUACAUGGUGCAAGGGUUCUGUUCCCAAGGCUGAUGGAGUAAUCUUUUUUCAAGUGCCAAACAACCCUCCUCAGGUUUCUACAAGUGCUAGCCAGGAUUCAAAGAUGCCCGAGCCAGUCACUGAGACUACCAAAUCAAGCACUGUCAAUGUUCAAGAUUGGAUGACAAAACCCCGGUCCCGAAGAAGUAGCCUAAUGGCACGAAGCAACAAACCAAGGUUGUACCACUUCUUAUUGGAGUUGCUACAUGACCCUUGCUAUAAAUGCAUUGAAUGGGUCGAUGAAAUGAAAGGAAUCUUCAAGUUCAUUGACUCAGGUGAAGUGGCACGCUUUUGGGGUCAGCGCAAAAACAAGCCAAAUAUGAAGUAUGAAAACUUUGCUCGAUCACUUCGCACCUACAUUGCAAAAGGCAUUCUUACAAAGCCUCGGAACAAACUGGUGUACCAGUUUACACCUGACUACUUGUAAAAGCCCAUUGCUGGGAACAUUAGAAUGCACUUGAUUUGCAUUCAAUUUACUGUACACCCGUAUUGUUAUGGGUGUACAAAAUGUUGUUUUCAUCAACCCAUCAAGUGUCUUAGACGUAUGUCUGAGUAAAAAGUAUUUACUAUGUAAAGUUAUUAUUAAUUGCAUGAAGAGGUAUUUGGAGCUGCCAAUUAUACUAUUGAUACCCAACAUGUUACUUUUGUCAUUAACUUGUUUCAUUUAGUGAAAUGGAUACCUGGCAUGUGAAUUAAAUUCAUCAAUUUCCCAAGAACACAAAUAUCUCUUCAUUGCAAUUAAUCUCUUAAGUCGUUGUAGACUUUAUAUUUAUUGUAUUUUGAAGCAGUUUCACUAUACUCUAAAAAAUUUAAAACUUUUUGAAGGAUUGCUAUUUGAUUGACAAAAAUUUCCAUUUUUAACCUGUUGCAAAUGACUUGUCCUUUUCAAGAUUUCAUUGAUAAAAGUUUGUGUAAACUGUUUUGAAAUGCAAUUUUUGUACAUAAUGUAAAUAAGCUAGUUUUUGUGAGCAUCGUUCAAUGUCAGAAUUAGUCAUUGAUAUCAAGGAACAGACUAAAUUAACCCAACCCAAUUGUAUGUGAGAGUCACUGAAAAAGAAAGAAUAUUAACUUGCUUAUGCUUGAGCCUAGCUGAUAUGCAUCAAUUUUAUUGGAAAUCCUCAGGUUCAGAUAAAACCUAUCGUAUUGGCUUGACUGCCCAUCAUAGAUAACUUUGGUGUAAAGAUAUGGAAAGUUUUUGACCCAUUUUUCACUAAGGUUUUUGCAUCCCAAUAAUGUUGAUUUUGGUGUAAUGUUAUGUAAUUUUUUCCAAAUUUAUUGUCGGUAGGUGUCAGGAAACUUUGUAUUGUUAGUCUGAGCAAGCCAGUGUAUAAGGUGUAUAAACGUUCAUGUAAAUUUGUGAAGAAAACUUACAGUAUGCUGAUUAUUAGGCUGACAAUUACUGGAUCAUUGAGAUUUUUGUUCAUGUCUGCCUAGUACUAUAUAAAGGUCAUUAUAGUAGAUAAAUGUAUUAUAAGACAAGCCCUGUAUAUUAAACUUGUAGUGAUAAAAAUAGGCUUGUUUGGAGUUGCAAGUAAUUAUAUUAUCAUGACUUGCCUGAUUAACAUUGUUUGCAGUAGAUUUUUGAUUGAACGUAAAUCUUUGAUGUUUAUUAGAUAUAUUACCAUUUAUCAUUUACUGUAUAUCGUAAUUAAAAGUGCUUGCUGGUAAUUUUAAUAUGCAAAUAAACGUGUUGUCAUUUUAUCUAAUUCCGUGCUGCAAAAUAUAAUGCUUACUUGCUCUAUACGUAUUCAAGUGUUAACUUCAAAUGUAUUCGUAGAUUGUAAAGGUUGUAAUUAUGAAAGACUUAAAGCUGUUAAUUGAUAUUCAUAGCCUAGUUAAUUAUGUUGCUUGUUGAUUUAAUUAUUACUUGUUGAA